UCCAGACCCGCCGUUUCCGUCUCUGGGGCUGGAAGCACCUGCGUCUUUCUCCCUCUCUCUUCGGGGCCGCUUGUGGGGCAGGAUCAUCCACCGGUUCUGCUGGGCGAGGAUCUCUUGGAGCCUCUUGGUAGAAGUUGUUUGUGGACCAAACUAUCUCAUACGUAAGGAAGGCUAGCUGGUGUACUGAGAUUUGUCCAGGGCAAUAUAAGUCCGGUGGAGAUCCAUUAGCCCGUUGCAUAUUCUUGGUCUUGGAGAUCCAAGCAAUUGUCAGCAUCUUUUGCACCUGGAUUAGAGAAUAGAGAAAAAAUGGAGGGACAACAGCCAUUAGAUGCAGAAGCUGGACAAAACUCUCCUGCUGCUCAGUUUGAGAGCUAUGUGGAGGUCAAGAUAAAAACUGAACCGGACUCAGACGAAGGAGAGGAAGAGUCUAUCAGCUCGGAGGUCCAGCGUGAAAACUUCAGGAAGGCGUAUUAUCAGGAGGCUGAGGGUCCCCAAGGACUUUGCAGCCGACUCCAUCACUUUUGCCAUCAGUGGUUGAAGCCAGAAAAACAUACAAAGGCACAGAUGCUGGACCUGAUUGUUCUGGAGCAGCUCCUGUUCCUUCUGCCCCCAGAGAUGCAGAGCUGGGUGCGGGAGCGUGGAGCAGAGACCAGCUCUCAGGCGGUGGCCCUGGCUGAAAGUUUCCUCCUGAGCCAGGUGGAGGUGAAGAAAGAGGAGGUUGAGCUGCCGGUCCAAACUCCUCUCUCGGGGGCCAUUCCUCAACAUCCGAAUGGAAAGAGCAACCCCUUAAAUCUUUCCCAGGAACUGCUUAUUUGGAAGAUCCCCCAGGAAAGUCCAAGUUUGAGCAUCUCACCAGUUGCCCUUAACAGGAUGAAAAGGCAACAGAAUUUUUCAGUAAGAAUCAGUAAGAAACCAAGAUGGGAAUCCGUUGUAUCAGAAUUGGCCUUGGAUAACAUAAAACAGUCACAAGCACAACAAGCCCAACAACUCCAACCACUCCAACUUGGAGAAAGCAGUCCGUCAGUUAUUGAAAUGAACAACGAUACCUCCAAAAUUGAAAACAGUCUUCCUGAAUGCUGGACAGUGCAACAAUAUAACAAUUUCAAAGAAAAAUAUGAGGGUUUGGAAGUUGUUAACAAAAAGCUAGGUUGCACGUAUUGCGAAAGACACGGCGUCCUAAAAAUGAAAAGUGUUCAUGUGUCAAAAGAAUGGAAACAUUUUCAGAUUGAGGCAUCAGGGAGAAACAGAGAGGUAAAGCAAGCUUCUCUAAGGAAAAAAAUGAAAGAACAUUUUUCAUCAAGAGCUCAUAAUAUUUGUAAAGAGAACAUAAAACAAUGUGAGGAGGUUUCAAUACCAAACUAUAUUAUGAAUGAAAAAUUUGAACAAACUACUUGUAGGGUAUUUAAUACAGUUUACAGCCUGGCACAAAGAAGUAAACCAUUUUCAGACAUAAAAGAGGAGAUGGAUUAGAUACGGGAAUGGGUUUACUUUCAAGUAAAACUGCAGUAAAAAUAGUAGAUUUCAUUGCAGAAGAAAUUAAAAAACAAUUAUUUAGUAAAAUUAUUGAAAAUAAUCCAAAAAUGUGCUUGAUUAUUGACGAAGCCUCAACAAUAUUUUGCAAACCAGUUGUGAUACUUUUCUUAAAAGUUGAGGAUUCAGAUACAUCACCAACGAUUUUCCUUGAGCUAAUUGAAUUGGAAAAACAAGAUGCAGAGACAAUAUAUUCUUCAGUUAUGCAAAGUUUAAAUAAUGUUGGGCUUACUAAGAACUACCUAAAAAAAAAUUUGAUAGGAUUUUGCUCCGAUGGCGCCAGCGUUAUGCUUGGGAGAAAAUCUGGAGUGAGCACUAGGAUAGCAAAAGAGUUUCCAAACAUAGUAAUCUGGCACUGUUUAAACCACCGCCUCCAACUUGUUUUAGAUGAUUCGAUAAAGGAAAUAAAGCAAGUAAAUCAUUUUAAAAUAUUUAUUGAUAAGAUAUAUACUAUUUUUCAUCAAUCCAAUAAGAACCAAAUUGAACUUACCAAAAUAUCUGAACAACUUGGAAUUGAAAUUAUAAAAAUUGGUAGUAUUUUGGGACCACGAUGGGCUGCCUGUAGUUUAAGGUCAACCCUACCUGUGUGGCACGCUUAUCCGGCGCUACAUCACUGUUUUCAUUCAAAUGAAAAGUACUUAGGUAUGGCUGCCCGUCUUGAAAAUAUCUAUUUUAUAACUGAUUUGGCAUUGAUGAUUGACAUUCUAGAUGAAAUUUCUCUUCUUUCAAAUGCACUGCAAGCAAAACAUGUAAACAUAAUAAAGGCUGAAGAACUUGUGAUAAGAUCUAUUAAAGCAUUUCAAAUGCUUCGAAAGGAAAAGGGUCCAUACGAAAAAAAAGUUGAUGGAUUAAUUACUUCAUAAUCCUUCAAAAAUAUAAAAUUUGUAAAAAAUCAUCGAUUUGUUAGGCUUCCUCGGGAAAGACUUUUAGAAAACAUCGUAACGAAUUUGAAGAAAAGGCUAAUGGAUUGUGAACAUUUAAAAACAGAUUGUAGCCAAUUUCAAGACAAAUAAAUUACAAUUUCUCAAAUUUUUGGAACCAGAUUAUUAGAAUAUUGAAGAAGUAGUAGUUCCAUGGAAAGCAGGUGAAGAACAAUUGCUUGUAUGUAAUGACAUUUUCAAUUACCAAAUUGAUAUUAAUGAUUAUCGAGAUUUUGUGAGAGAAACGUUUUUUAAAAUUCCCAGAACUAUGCAAUUCCUAAAAGUGUUCAAAGAGCUAAAAAUAUUGUCAGAACAAUUGCUGUAAAUUCAGCAGAAGCGGAAACGGGUUUUUCAAACAUGAACAUUAUAUGUUCAGAGAAGAGAAGUCACCUAAGUGUUUCUAAUAUAUCAAACAUAAUGACUAUUAGUCUAAUCGGCCUACCGCUAAAGGAAUGGGAUCCUACUCCUACAGUGGAAAAAUGGCUAAGGAUAAAUCACACGACCGAUGAUGCUCAAUUGAAAAUGAAAAAAAUUGCAAGUGAGGACGCCAAUCGAAAAGCAAUACGGAAAUAUCUUACGUAACAGUUCUAUUAGUUUUUGUCAGGUAUUAUGUAAUAGUUUUUCAGCAAUAUUUUAAAACUCUUAUAACAAAA